AUGCCCCUCCACCCCACCCCAACCUUACCCUUCAUCUCCCCCCUCCCUCGCUCAACUUCUACUCAAAUACGAUCUUCGCUCAUUAUCCCGACCCUCCCCCAGAUCCUCUCGGAGCUGAUUCAGAACUCUCUGGAUGCUUCUGCCAAGUCGUUAGUAGUGAGAAUAUGCCUCGAAGAUGGAGAUCAGAGCUUGAGAGUGGAAGAUGAUGGCUGUGGGAUCCCACUGCAGCAGCUCACUCAGGUGGGCAGACGAUUCGUGACAAGCAAAUCCACGACUGGCCAUCAUGCUGGGCAUUACGGCUUUCGAGGAGAAGCCCUGGCCAGUAUAGCCGCUCUAGGUCUGCUCGAGGUUUAUACCCGGCCAGAAAAUGAUAGUCGCACAUAUGCCAAAAUUAUCAAGGGAUCCAAAAUUUUGUUCCAUGGACUUUCGAAUAGGCCGUUGGGGAAGGCUGGGACGACGGUCAUCGUAAAGGACAUAUUCCACGGAAUACCGGUUCGUCAAGCCGCUCUAGCAGCCUCGUCUCGAUCUUCCACUCUUUCUGCCUGCAGAAAAGUCAUUGAGACCCUCGCCUUGGCCCAUUCGUCGGUAAGCUGGACCGUAUGGGAAGAUCGGGAUGUCGAAACGUCAUCUUCGUCAUCCAAAAAGAUUAUGACUAUGAGCUCUCAUGACGCUUCCCUUGCCACAUUCAAGGAGCUAUACGGAGGUGCCCUAGUGGAGCAGAGAGUGCAGAAAAUUCGCGUGUCAUCUGGUUUCAUGCGUGUCGACGGGUUCAUCUCACUUGAAGGGGCGUCCGGAAGAGUGCAUCAACACCUCUAUGUCAAUCACUACCCAGUCCAGAGGAGUGAGCUCCAUUUGGCGAUAUCUCAGAAAUUCUCUCAUUCCCGCUUUUCGGCGAUGAACCAAGAUGAGCCAUUUGAGCUGACACAUUCAGAUUCUCGCCGAUCUCCCAGAAAGUUGGACAAACAUCCAGUCUAUGUCCUUGAUGUGUGCAUACCUGCCGAGGAUGUCGAUGUUCAAUAUGAACCUAAGAAGGGACUCCUCGGCUACAAGGACCUGGAGAAGGUCAAAGCUUUUGUUUUAGCAGUAGUGGACGAAUUUUUGAAGCGUCACGACUUUCUGGUUCAGCACACGAAGACGAAUACACUGCAUGAUUCUUCAUCCACGCCGCUCGCAAGACUCCACGAGCGGUCCGCUUCUAGCGCUACGCAAAUCCUUUCACCAAUGCAAUCACUGUCCGACCUUCACAGACCCAUCUCCACCCCCACCCAGGCUCCUAGACCCUUCACACCUUCCCAUCCACGAGACCGUCCCACACAUGCAGCGUCUGAGCCUGUCCGAAAACGUGCGCGGGUUGUGACGUCCGUCCGUAAGCUCGGUGUAGAGAAGAGGCCGGAUUGGAUCGAUGACAUCCUCGCCGACGUCGAUACGGGUGUAUGGAAUGCCACUCCCCUGAAAUCUUCCCUCAAUCACACACUCACGCCUCUGCCUCCGCUACCCUCUUCGUCCAAGUGUUGCGUCGAAGCUGGCCUGUCAUCGGGCAAUCAUACCUCGUCGGUCAAAUGGAGCUGCCAAAACGAGAUCACUUUUCCCCAUCAUGUCUUGAAAUCCGCGACUGUCCUGGGUCAAGUGGAUGACAAGUUCAUUUGCUGCGUCCUUCCAACCGAGGAAGCAGCGCCGAUUUCAUCCCGAAUAGUGGUGCUCGUCGAUCAGCAUGCAGCCGACGAGCGUGUUUCGGUAGAAUUUCUGCUUCACGACUUGUGCGUAGGGUUUAUGAAAAAUGAUAUCCCGAUCACUAGACCCAAAGACGACCUCGGCUUCGUUAUAAGUCGCGAAGAAGCUCAGCAGCUGUCAAGAACUGUAGCGAGAGACAUUUUUCGGCGCUGGGGUAUUGACUUAUGCCUUCCGGACUCCAAGCUUGAUUGGACAACCGUCGACUGGGUUCAGUGCCACAUCCGAGCCUAUCCCAGUAUUCUACCUCGCCUAGGAAGGAAAGAUGGUCAGGAGAUGGCACGAUUGGUCAAGCUGUAUCUCCCUGUGGUGCUGGACGGGCUGGGAGAGAUCUCAACUAUGCUGGGGAGUAUCAAUGACCAUCGUGACAUAGACCAGGGACGAAUACUAAGAUGGAUGCCUCAGGAGAUGUUGGAAUUGGUCAAUUCCAAAGCCUGUCGAAGUGCUAUCAUGUUCCAAGACAAACUUGAUCAGGAACAAUGCGUUCGGUUGGUCGCGCAAUUAGCAGAGACUCGAAAUCCGUUCAGUUGCGCACAUGGAAGACCUAGCUUGGUACCCAUUGUCAUGCUCUCUACGCCACCUGCCGGCACGAUCACGGGGAAGAGAGAGGAUUGGUCUGAAUGGUCAAAGCAAACAUGA